AGCCCCCUUCGCUGCUACGAUUCGAACGAUCCCCUCAUCGUCGUCGUCGUCGUAGACAACCAGCUCACUCACUCCCACACGCCAUCAUCCCGGGUCAAGAGAGAUUGCCGUUCAUUGCCCUCGACCCUCCCCUACCCCCCCCCCCCCCUUCGUUUGACAAUCGGAUUCAACUUUCGAGAUGCCGAGCCUCGCCCUUCAGGGUCUGCUAGCAGACCUCACCAGGGACUUUCACGGCGAGCAACAUGGCCAGUCGGUCGAUGUCCUCCAGUACUGUGCAGACUGGUUUCAAGCCAAGCUGCGGUCCGAGCGAGCGGCCGCCCAGCCAGCCACCCUGGCCAAGGUCGGACCGACGACGACCAUGGCUUCGCCUCGCAAGUUUCCCAAUUUCCCGACCAUGAGUCUUCCGCAAGCACCUCUGAACGUUUUCCAAGCCCACCUGUCGCAACCAUCGCCGUUCUCUGAACACGCUCCUACGGACUCUCCCUUCGGUGGAGGCGGCUUGCUGUCUCAACGAAGAGCGACACUUGCAAACACUGGUGCUUCGGCCAACUAUACAAUGGGAGUCGCGCCCUCUACAGUCAAACACUUGCCUCAACUCGCUGAAGAAGGCUCUGCAGACGAGGAUGCCAUCAUGAGCAAUCCGGCCUCUGGCGGCUCCGAUGCACCCAGCUCGUUUGCAAACUUUAGCUUUAGCGAAGGAGUCUCGGAUCCACCUCACGACGAGUCUUCCCCCUUUCAGAACGCCAAGUUUCCACCUCAGGCCAGCUCUUCUGGCACCGCCCAUGCGUCGUCCGAUGAGCUCCGACCCCCCUCAUACGCCCUGGGCCGACGGACCUCCGUCUCGGCGGAAUCGCUGGUUCCCAACGACCCUGCGUUUGGCGGGAGCGCCUUUGCUGGCCAGCUUGCUGAGCAACCGCUAGACAGUGCCGCCGAGCCUUCUUCGCAACCGGUCAAGACGGACACUCAGCUUCAGAGGAUCAGGCAGGCUAUCGGGCAGAAUUUCCUCUUCCGCAACCUCGAUGAAGAUCAGGAGCGGGACGUCCUCGCGGCGAUGCGGGAAGUCCAGGUUCAACCUGGCGAAGUUGUCAUUCAACAAGGUGCUGCCGGUGACUUUUUCUACGUGAUCGAGUCUGGAGAGUUUGACAUCUUUAAACGGGAACUCGAUGCUUCGACCGAGAAUCAGGCAGAAGACCCGGACAAUCGAGGCAAAAAGGUUCACACGGCGGGACCUGGCGGUUCGUUCGGUGAACUCGCUUUGAUGUACAACGCUCCUCGAGCAGCCAGUGUUGUCGCCAAGGGAGAGGCGACGUUGUGGGCAUUGGACCGAAUCUCUUUCAGGACCAUUCUAUUGGAUCAUACCUCUCGCAAGAGGCGCAUGUACGAAACGUUUCUGUUGAGCGUGCCGAUCUUGGCAUCUCUCGAGGGCUACGAGCGGGCCAAGAUAGCGGACGCCCUGGAGUCCCGCACGUUCCAGUCGGGAGAACAGGUCAUACAGGAAGGCGAAUCUGGUGACGAGUUCUACAUCAUUGAGAGCGGGACCGCCCUCGUGGAGAAGUCCGACACGGGAGUCAUCGGAGAGCUGAAACGCGGAGACUACUUUGGAGAACUUGCCCUUCUGAACCGAGCCCCGCGAGCGGCAACGGUCAAAGCUGGUGGUCAAGCUGGAGACAAGCUGAGGGUCGCUGCGCUCGGUGAAAAAGCCUUUACUCGUUUGUUGGGACCUGUUAGAGAGAUCAUGGCGAGGAAAGCUGGGGAGAUGUACGGUCUGACUGGUGCUUAUCGCUCUUAACGAUUCAUCGCUCGUAACGCUUCGCGCUGUAGCAAAGUUGUAUGUAUCACAUUUUCGAUGAUCAAAAUGUCUGCGAAGCAAUGCUGCCCGCCAGCAACAGCGGGAAG